AUGCCCCGCAAGACACGAAAGAGAUGCCUACUGAAUCCACUGAAAUCUCAGCUCCUGUUUGUUGAACCCCCAUUUAAUGGAGUAAGACAUGACUAUGGGACACCAGUUCGAAGUGCGGUUCACCCAAGGUCCUUUGUGUCAGAGGACCCAAGACGGGGCAGUACAGCCGUCCCUACUUGGGUGUCUCCGCAGUUUAGCCAAGCUGAAGUCACAGCGCCCCUUCGAGGGGGUCGACUUGGGAGGAGGAAUCAGCAUGUUAUAAACACUCUGAAUACAAGUUCCCAUUUAUCUUUGCCUCAAGCCAGAAAAACAACAGUUUGCAAGUAUUCUCCUUUAGCUUUUGAGACAAGCACUUCAGUGCAAAUUUGUCACGGUAGUCAUCAGUAUACAAGGAAGUGUGACUCAACUAUAGCAGUGGUCCAGGAUGACAAGCACUCCCAGGGUCAUAUUCAGAGAAAGGUUCCUUCAAGUGCCAGAGAAGUACAAAAUGCUGAAAAAAACAAAAGCGCUCUGUUGUCGGGGGAACAGAUCGUAGAGAGCUCAGUUACGCUGAAAGGAGCACCUGACACUUUAGCAAGUAAUCCACGGUCCACAACAGCUCUGAGGUCCCCAAACACUCCUAGAGACAGAAAUCAGAAAAGUUGUGUAUGUUCCUCUAGGACUCCUGCCUCUCAGGGGAGCCACACACCUGACGUAAGUGAUGCGUUCACUCCCCCAAAUAUAGAGACUCCAGAGAUGCCUCAGGGUUAUUCCUCCUCAGUGUCUAUUCUCCACCUCCUUUGGCCCCCAAGUCAGCCCAAGACACCUCCUUGUCAGAGCUCAAAAGUUUUGGUCAAGGACACUCCAGAGAGAGACUAUGGGCUGAAAGUGACCUGGAGACGAAGGAAAGGAUUAAUGAGGUUUCUGAAGGAGAGGGGCCUGCUCCUUGGCACAGAAUCUCAGGUUCACAGUUAA